AUGUCUUGCGGCAAGCUCGAUGUCAAGCGUUUCGGGCUCAUCUACGACGUCGAGUCGCGCGUGUUGGCACGAUGCAGCAAUGGCCAAGUCGCGUUCAAAGUGGCGAUGGACCACAAUGAAGUCUACGUACAGACGUUCACGGCGGCUCGCGAUCCACGAGCGCCAAGCGACCUGCUCAAGGCGAUCCCGAUGAUUCAGGCAGCUCCAGACGAGCGUGGUCGGACACGCAAAGCGGCUCGUUGCUGUACUUCCUCCAGAGGCUUGGACAUCUUGCGUACGAAAUUGUCGAGCGCAUGGCGAGCGACCACGCUUCCCGCAUCAUGCUCACGGAUUGCAAGCUCCCAACUUGCAUCUCUUGCGCUCAUGGUAAUCAAACGAAGAACGUGCAGUCAAAGAAGGACACUGGCGCGAUCUCGCCGAUCGGCAGAGUUGGCGGGGGGAUCUGCUCAUACCUCAAGGGUUCAAUGA